AUGGCGACCUUUCUAGACCAUGCCUACAGUUUGGUCCACCAGGACAACACCGCAGACCAGCCAUCCCAGCAGGACCUAAAGACACAAUUGGAGAAGGGCACAGAUGAGACCAAGAGGCAGACUAUGAAGAGAAUAUUGACUAUUAUGCUGAAUGGUGAUCCCAUGCCGAAUUUGCUUAUGCAUAUUAUCCGUUUCGUCAUGCCUUCAAAGGACAAGCAGCUCAAGAAAUUGUUGUAUCUCUACUAUGAAAUAUGUCCGAAAUUGGACGCAAAUGGGAAGCUAAAGCAAGAGAUGAUCUUGGUUUGCAAUGGUAUACGGAACGAUCUUCAACAUCCAAACGAGUUUAUUCGAGGCAAUACCUUACGCUUCCUUUCCAAGUUGCGAGAACCCGAAUUGAUCGAACCUCUUCUCUCCGCAGCACAAACAUGCCUUGACCACAGGCAUGCUUAUGUUCGAAAAAACGCUGUUUGGGCGUUGGCUUCUGUCUAUCAGCACGCACCACAUCUCAUCCCUGAUGCGCCAGAAAUGUUACAGACCUUUUUGGCUGCAGAAUCGGACAAUACCUGCAAGCGCAACGCUUUCGGGGCCUUGAUGUCGAUAAGUCAAGAGAAAGCCCUAGAAUACUUGACAGGAGUCCUGGACGGCGUGCCCAACACGGACGAAUUGCUGCAAUUGGUCGAGCUGGAAUUCAUUCGAAAGGAUGCAGGAGACAACCAGGCAAACAAAUCGAGGUAUCUGAGACUAAUCUUCGACUUACUCGAGGCAAACACAAGUACUGUUGUCUACGAAGCUGCCACCACUUUAACAGCUCUGACCAACAACCCCGUGGCGGUCAAGGCAGCCGCUGGUAAGCUGAUCGAGCUGUCCAUAAAAGAGGCCGACAACAACGUCAAACUCAUUGUAUUAGAUAGAGUCGACCAGCUGCGCCGCCGGAACGAGGGUGUUCUCGAUGAUCUCACCAUGGAAGUCCUUCGUGUACUUUCCAGUCCUGACUUGGAUGUGCGGCGCAAGGCCCUCGGUAUUGCUCUCGAAAUGGUAUCUAGCAAGAACAUACAGGAAGUCGUUAUGCUACUCAAGAAAGAGCUAAGCAAGACAAUCGACGAGCAGUACGAGAAGAGCAAUGAAUACAGGCAGCUCCUAAUACAAUCUAUACAUCAAUGUGCCAUCAAAUUCUCGGAAGUCGCGGCAAGCGUGGUAGAUGUACUCAUGGACUUCAUUACAGAUUUUGGCGGCGCAUCAGCCGUCGAAGUCAUCUCUUUUGUGAAAGAGGUGGUCGAGAAAUUUCCUAAACUACGUUCGUCCAUCGUCGAAAAAUUGAUAUCCACUCUAGGCGAAGUACGAGCUGGCAAGGUCUACAGAGGGGCUUUGUGGGUGAUCGGAGAAUACUCACUACAAGAGAACGAUAUUAAGGAGGCCUGGAAGCGUAUACGAGCAAGUCUCGGUGAGAUACCUAUCCUUGCUUCCGAGCAAAGAUUACUCGACGAAGCAAAUUCCGAGGACGUCCCUGAAAAAGCCGAAGUCAAUGGUCAUACUCAAAAGACCACUCCUAGUGGCUCGAGAAAGGUGCUCGCUGAUGGCACCUAUGCCACGGAAAGCGCUCUAACGAGCAAUUCAGCAGCUAAGGCUAAGCUGGAAGCAGUCAAAGCAGCUCAGAAACCACCACUGCGGCAGCUCAUUCUUGAGGGUGAUUACUACCUUGCGACCGUUCUGUCAUCAACAUUAACGAAACUGGUUAUGCGGUUCUCUGAAAUCUCGGAUAACGAAGAACGAACAAAUGCACUCCGCGCAGAGGCCAUGCUUGUCAUGAUCUCGAUCAUCCGUGUUGGACAGUCGCACUUUGUCAAAGCGCCAAUAGACGAAGAUUCCGUUGACCGAAUUAUGUCCUGUGUCCGGUCGUUGGCAGAAUUUUCGCAGCGCAAAGAACUUGAAACCUCAUUCCUCAGUGAUACCCGUUCUGCAUUUGCUGCAAUGGUUGCUGUUGAAGAGAAGAAACGUUCACAGCGUGCAGCUGCUGAGAAAGCUAAGACUGCUGCGCAGGUCGACGACCUCUUCUCAAUCCGUCAAUUAGCCAAAAAAUCUACAACAGACGACGUGGACGGUAUGGCUCUCGACCUCGAGAGAGCUACAGGUGGUGAUACUGCCUUCGAGGAUCUUUCCAGCAAGCUCAGCCGUGUCGUUCAACUCACUGGCUUCAGUGAUCCUGUCUACGCUGAAGCAUAUGUCAAAGUACACCAAUUUGACAUCGUGCUUGAUGUCCUCCUCGUCAAUCAAACCAAUGAAACUCUCCAAAAUUUGUCAGUAGAGUUCGCCACACUAGGCGAUCUGAAAGUCGUGGAGAGACCAACAACACAUAACUUAAGGCCGCAAGACUUCCUCAACGUGCAGUCAACCAUUAAAGUUAGCAGCACAGAUACAGGCGUCAUCUUUGGCAAUGUAGUCUACGACUCGCCUUCUGGCACUGACACACGCGUCGUGAUUCUCAACGACGUUCACGCCGACAUCAUGGACUACAUCCAGCCCGCAUCCUGCACCGAGACACAAUUCCGCACAAUGUGGACAGAGUUCGAAUGGGAGAACAAGGUAAAUAUCAGUUCCAAGAGCACUGAUAAGACCUUACGCGAGUUCCUGCAGCAAUUGAUGAAGAGCACGAAUAUGACGUGUUUGACGCCCGAGGCUGGUCUUAAAGGAGACUGCCAAUUUUUGAGUGCUAACUUGUAUGCAAGGAGUGUAUUCGGCGAGGAUGCAUUAGCAAAUCUAUCAAUCGAGAAGACCGUAGACGGCACGAUCGCCGGCUUUGUGCGUAUACGAUCACGCAGUCAAGGCCUGGCGUUGAGUUUGGGAAGCCUAAAGGGCUUAAAGGCAGGGACUUACUAG